GAAGCAGCCAGAACUCUGCGCAACAAAAUAGUGUGUCUCUCUCUCUCAUGCCCUCUCUCCCUAUAAAUACAAAUACCGAAGCAGACACGACUCUGGUGUGGUGAGAUAGGGAAAUGCAGCAGAAGGGAAGAGCGUGCAACCGUAGAUCAAGGACUUUCUCUAGAUCUCGCCUUGCCAUUGAGGGUUCUUAGCUAACCAUUCCACAUUUCUAUCGGAUUUCGAUCUCUAACCCAACCCCUAUUGUCACUCGCUUCAUUCACUUUCUCACCUUUCAGCUUUGAUUCAAAUGGCUCUCCAAGGACAAGAACGCGAGGUUCAAAAGAACUACUGGAUCGAGCACUCUGCGGAUCUCACUGUCGAGGCUAUGAUGCUUGAUUCUAAAGCGUCUGAUCUUGACAAAGAAGAGAGACCCGAAGUACUCUCUCUGCUCCCACCUUUUGAAGGAAAAUCAGUUCUUGAGCUAGGGGCUGGUAUUGGUCGUUUUACUGGUGAAUUAGCUAAGAAAGCUGGGCACGUUCUAGCAUUGGACUUCAUUGAAAGUGUUAUAAAGAAGAAUGAAAGCAUCAACGGGCAUUAUAAAAAUGUCAACUUUAUGUGUGCUGAUGUCACUUCUCCAGACCUGGAAUUUUCUGCAGAAUCAAUGGAUUUAAUAUUUUCAAACUGGCUACUGAUGUAUCUCUCAGAUAGAGAGGUUGAGAAUCUUGUAGAAAGAAUGGUCAAAUGGUUAAAGGUUGGAGGGUUUAUUUUUUUCAGAGAAUCAUGUUUUCAUCAAUCUGGAGACUGUAAACGGAAGAAUAACCCAACGCACUAUCGGGAACCCAGAUUUUAUACAAAGGUCUUCAAGGAAUGCCAAAUGCAUGAUGGUUUUGGGAAUUCUUUUGAACUCUCUCUUGUUAGUUGCAAAUGCAUCGGAGCUUAUGUGAGAAACAAAAAGAAUCAAAAUCAGAUUUGUUGGAUGUGGCAGAAAGUCAGGUCGGAGGAUGAUAAAGGGUUCCAGCGGUUCUUAGAUAAUGUCCAAUAUAAAUGUAGUGGUAUAUUACGUUAUGAGCGCGUCUUUGGACAAGGUUUUGUGAGCACAGGCGGGAUUGAUACAACGAAAGAAUUUGUUGCCAAGCUGGAUCUUAAGCCUGGCCAGAAAGUUCUAGACGUGGGCUGUGGCAUUGGGGGAGGUGACUUUUACAUGGCGGAGAACUUUGAUGUUGAAGUUGUUGGCAUUGACCUCUCCAUAAAUAUGGUUUCUUUUGCCCUCGAAAAGGCAAUAGGGCUCAAAUGUUCAGUUGAAUUUGAGGUUGCUGAUUGCACCAAGAAAUCAUAUCCUGACAACACAUUUGACGUGAUCUACAGCCGCGAUACCAUUCUCCACAUUCAAGACAAGCCUGCAUUAUUUAGAUCUUUUUACAAGUGGUUGAAGCCGGGAGGCAAAGUCCUUAUUAGUGAUUACUGCAAAAGAGUUGGACCUCCGUUGCCAGAAUUUUCGGAGUAUAUUAAGCAAAGAGGAUAUGAUCUUCAUGAUGUGGAAACAUACGGCCAGAUGCUUAGAGAUGCUGGUUUUGACAAGGUUAUUGCAGAGGAUCGAACUGAUCAGUUCAUAGAAGUUCUGCAGAAGGAAUUAAAUGCAGUCGAGAAGGACAGGGAAGCAUUCAUCCAGGACUUUUCUGAAGAAGACUAUAAUGAUAUAGUUGGUGGUUGGAAGGCAAAGCUGUUAAGGAGUUCAUCGGGUGAGCAGAGGUGGGGCCUGUUCAUUGCCAAAAAGUGAGGUCUGAUCCAGUCUUGUUGGUGGUUGGUAUGUAUGUCAAGUCUAGCUCAACUUGCCAUUAGAGAAUAAAAUUGGGGUCUGAUUAUAUUAUUCAGGUUUGUAAUAACAUUAAUAUAUAUGUAUUGUUUGUUUGUGAGAAUGAAUUUUAACAUGUAGUUGGAUUCUGGUUUGGCGGAGACCUAGUCAUAUUGUUGUUCAUGUGAUCAUGAAUUAGAACAAUGCAAAAGUUGACAUGGUGCUUAUUUUAGUAUGCAUCAUUUUGUGUGUC